CAGGGAGAGAGCCAGCAGCCAGCAGCUGAUGGGGACGCUUUUUAUUUUUAUUUUUAAAGGGACAGAACCAUAUUUUAACCAGCUCAAACCCGCCGUUUCAUCACCUUUAACCUUCCAGGGAUUCAGUGGGAAAGGUAAAAAUGGGGGAAUAAGGGCUUAGAUAUUUUUAUUACGGAGAAAAUCCAGAAAGCCCUUCUUUUCUCUCUGUCUCCCUGCUUCUUCUUAGCAACACAACCCUCUCCUCUCUCUGUGUCUCUGCUUUGGCCCUGGCUGGAGACAUUUCUGGGGAAAGAGACCUCUGUUAACACACAAAAUCAACCAUAAUAAUAAUAAACUUCGUUAUUUCGUUGUUAUGAACGUCGUGAUUUUGUUUCCAAAUGGGAUGCAAAAAUAUCAAAGCACCCACUCUUUUAAAGAAAGUGACCGGACUGUUCCUUUCAUCUUAAAGGGUAAGAAGUCAUGAGAUGUCAACAUGGCAAGACAUACCUGCAUACAUGUUAUUUUACCGGGAAACUGAAAAGUUAAGGAAGAUGAUGGGGCACUUUGGGGAAAGAAUACAGGAAAUUACUGACUUUGAAAUACUUUAAUAACAUGGAGGUCAUAAAAGCACAUUCGUUGGGCUGCUACAUUGAAGUUGGAGUACAUUAAUUCUCCCCAAAAGAACAGCCUUAAGUAUUUUUUUCUGCAUCUGACUCAAAAGACAUCUAAAUCUGAGUCAUGUUUAUUUUGAAUGGCAGAGAGCUAAUUUAAUAAAUGUAGCAUGGAGCCUUGUUUUUACUGAAUCUGCUGAGGCAUUUGGGUUUAUUUUUUCAAGACUAUGGUGUGGAAUAAUCUUCGUGAUUAGAGGGACACGAGAAUGGAGGAUAGCAAAGACUUGAUUCCAAACUGACCAUCCUUGAUGUACAAUUUUGUACAGUUUUUUUCAGUAAACUGUACCGUAUGGUCCUCUUUUGGAAGACCAAGAUGUCAUGUAGUCCCAGGACACUGAUGGAUGUUUGAUAUAUUUUGAAGCAUCAUUUGCAGAAAUAAAACAAUGAAUGGUGGAAAGGAGUAUGAGGGAGGGGACAAAGAAGGAAGCACACCUGCAGCACAAGUUCCAAUUGGUUGGCAACGCAAACUAGAUCCCAGUGGAGUUGUUUAUAUAAGUCCCAGUGGCUCAGUGCUUUCUUGCCUGGAACAGGUUAAAACAUACCUGCUUACUGAUGGAACCUGCAAAUGUGGCUUAGAAUGUCCUCUUAUUCUCCCCAAGGUAUUUAAUUUUGACCCUGGGGCUGCAGUAAAGCAGAGGACUGCGGAGGAUGUCAAAGCAGAUGAAGAUGUCACCAAGCUUUGUAUCCACAAACGGAAGAUCAUUGCAGUGGCAACCCUUCAUAAAAGCAUGGAAACACCAAGCAACCCUUCUUUAGUUCUGACAAGUCCAGGAGGUGGCACAAGUGCAACCCCUAUGAUACCUACACAUUCAGCAACCCCAAGAGCAAUAAGAAAUAAGUCAUAUGAAGGUGUUUCUAAUUCUGUGGUCUCAGAGUGUAAAAACCCUUUCAAAAUGAUGAUGGCAGGUCCUAGGCAUUAUCAACAGGAACUGAUUGGAAGUCAGCAGCAAGAUAUUCAUCCUGGUUAUGUAAGACAAAGACUAGGAAGCAAUGAGCAUGGACAGAAGUCUCCAUACCGUGGCAGUCAUGGCAGUUUGCCUAGUCCAGCAUCAUCUGGGUCCCAGAUAUUUGGUGAUGGUUCAUUAUCCCCUAGGACUGAUUCUUUGGGAAGUCCAGAAGUCUUUCCACGUAAUAAUCCUGGUUUUCAUGGAGCUUCUAAUUCCAGUCCUGUUCAUAUAAAUAGCAGAACUCCACUCUCCCCCACUGCAGUUUUGCUGCAUAACUCUCCAGCUCAGUCAUCUUGUGCUAUGGCAGGAAGGACUAAUAUACCUCUUUCACCUACCAUCACAACAAAAAGCCCUGUAAUGAAAAAACCUCUUUGUAGUUUUCCAACCAAUAUGGACAUCCCACGUGCAGUAUUUCACCACAAACCCACCCAAGGGCCUCAUCCUCCACCUCCUCCUCCACAUCCACAUCCCCUACCACCUUCCUGUGCUCUUCAGAAGAAAAUGAUGACUUCAGAAAAGGAUCCUUUGGGCAUUCUUGACCCUAUUCCUAGUAAACCAGUUGGUCAGAAUUCUUUGUUAAUGAACCCAUCCAAUUUUCAGUCAAAUGUCCACUCUCAGGUACCAAUGAUGAAUGUAAGCAUACCCCCUGCUAUUGUUCCCUUGCCAAGUAACCUCCCUUUGCCAACUGUUAAGCCAGGGCCUGUGAACCAUGGUAGUCAUAUGCAAAGGGCUCAGCAUGUAGCUUCCACAUCUAUAUCACCCUCCCCAGUGACUUCCCCAGUGCACAUGAUGGGGCCAGUGGUGGGAAGGGCAGAGACAUCACCACAAAGGUCGCGUUCAUCUUCCACUUCUUCAGACCAUGGGAGCUUUAUUAUGCCAGCCGGGCCUCAGACCAGCUGUGGGAGCAUAAAAGUUCCUCCACGGUCACCAAGGUCAUCCAUGGGAUCACCAAGGCCUUCUUUGCCUUCAAGCCCUUCAACAAAACCUGAUGGAUUAAUUCAUCAGUAUAAAGAAAUCCCUAAUCAGUUACUUUCUGGAAUGAGCAAUGUUGUGAAUUCUGCAACCAAUUCAAUGUUUCCACCUGUAUCUGCUGGAAAUGUUCCACCGAAGAAUCAGCCUGGUCUGCUGGGAAUGCCCCUUAAUCAAAUCUUAAAUCAGCAUAAUGCUGCCUCAUUUCCAGCAAGCAGUUUACUCUCAGCAGCAGCCAAAGCACAGCUAGCAAAUCAAAAUAAACUGACCUGCAACAACAGCGGUGGUAGCGGUGGUGGUGGUAGUGGUGGUAGUGGUAGUAAUAGCAGUGCUGGACCUGUUGGUAGUGGAAGUAAUGCAGAGGGGCAUAGCACUUUAAAUUCAAUGUUUCCCCCUAAUAAUAACAUGUUACUUAACAUGAGUGAAGGUCAAAGUGGCAGAGCUGCACUGAGAGAUAAACUAAUAGCUCAGCAAAAAGAUCCUUUGCGCAAGCGCAAGCAGGCAUCCCCUUCAGUUUUCAAUAUGCUUAAGCAGUCACAAGUAGGUGUCUCUGGAGUGUGCAAGCCUGUACAUGACCACCUGAGGAAACAAGGACAAAGUUCACUUCACCCAAAUAACUCUAUGUCACAAUUGCUUCAGUCUAUGAGCUGUCAAAGUUCAAAUAUGCCUGGAAAUAAUGGGACUAAUUGCGGAAAUUCAAAUAGCAGUAUGCCUUGUUCUUCCCAUCAACUUCACUUUACAUGUAACAGCUUGAAUUCUGGACCGCCACAGAAACCACUGGCUCAACACUUCCCUUCAAGACCAGAUGGAAUGCACUGCCAAAAUGCAAAUACAAACUUGAUUCAUAGUGGGGGACAUGUUCCACACAAUCAGUUCUCUGGUUUGACAAACCAGUUGGAAGUUUCUGGGAACUGUGGAAUACUCAGUCAAACAGGAGUAUCAGUAGGAAAUCCUUUACAUCUUCAUCCCGUUCCUCAUCAUCACCACCAUAAUGAUCACCAUCAAGCUCAGUCUCUUUCAAGGAUGCAUGUUUCCUCAGUACCAAUGAUACCAAACAGUAGUAGCAGCAACUGUGGUCAAGGAAGAUCUGAAACUGGAGGUUCAGGCUCGUCAUCCUCCAUGGCAGUAGCCGGUGCCAAUCACCCUGCCAUCACCAAGACUACAUCUGUAAUGCAGGAUGGAGUAAUUGUGCGAACUGCGAGCAGAAACCCACUACAGGGCCAGCUACCCAUGGGCAGCUCCUUUCCCUUAGUAGGAGGGGAACAGAUGUUUCAGAUCCCACAAAACAGCUCAGCCCACAGCGGUAUCUCAAACCCUUUCAAUACUAAUCUCCUCAGUUCCCUGUCUGUCCCUUUAGCCAUGAAUCCACAGCAACAGCAGCAACUUCUUUCAAACAAUAAUCUACUAAACAUGUUACCGACUCCAUCAGGAGAGAACAGAUCAGAGGUGUCACUCAACCCAUUAGGCAUUUUAAAUCCUACCCUUAAUGUGGCUGCUUUGUCUUUGCUCUCCAAUGACAUGGAUAGACAGAGCUUGCCACCUGUGCAGCUUCGGCUUCUAGCAGCCUUACUUCAAAAUCAGGCUCAGGCUGCUGCUGUACUUUCACUUUCUCCUUUCAACCUGACCCUUCCAGAUCAUUUACAGCAACAUCAGCAAUCAAACAACUCUUUACCGUGUGUGACACCGUUGCCCACCUUGCCAGAACAUUUACAGCACAUUGAGUUUGAUGGAAAUAAAUCCGAGUCCUUUUUGGCCAACCCUUUGGCAAACCCACUAGCACGUCUGUCAGGCAGUGAUGCUACACCUAACCCCUUACUUGUUCCAGCUGUCCCUGGGACGUCUGGGCUUAUGUCUUUAAAUUCCCAUCUGUUAGGAAGCCUCCUCAACUCUUCAAUGGACACUUUUUGUAAUAAUCCAGAGGUUUCAGUAGCAACCUCCUCCCAGUCAACUACUACAACUUCCACAACAUCCUCUUCAUCAGUGGCAGCUGUGGCUGUGUCCACACUGGGUGGUACAGCAGUAGUAUCGAUGGCAGAGACUUUGUUGAACCUUUCAAACAACCCUGGGAAUGUGACAGGACCUGCCAAAUUCCUCAGUGGUUCAGUGGUACCACAGCUACUGAAUCCUCUGCUGGGGACAGGCCUGCUUAGUGAUGUUUCUUCAUUAAACAGCAGUCUAAAUAAUACUCAGCUUGGCAGUCUACAGUCUAUGCUCAACAGUAAUCCAGUGUUUCAACAAAAUCACCAACAUUUGCUUCAGGGCACCCAAGGAAUGCAAGAACAUCAUUCUUUUCCUGUUCCACCAAACAACUCAAACUCUAUGUCCUGUCUUUUUCCACAUUUCCAGGCCAGUUUACCAGAUGAUAUUGGGAUUCCAAAUAAGCUGAUGAAUGUUCCACCUCGAAUUCCAUCUCUCACUGAGAAUUCUAACACUAUUCUUCCAGUAUACAGUGAUGGCCCUUGUGAAGUGCAACCUCAGAGGACAGAGCAAUGUAUAAGCCAACAACCUAGGGAAACCCUUCCAGGAGUUGGUCCUGGUAAUGGUUCCUCUGUGGAUGCUAUUUACAAAGCUGUUGUGGAUGCUGCCAGCAAAGGCAUGCAAGUAGUAAUUACAACAUCUGUGAGCAGCACUACACAGAUGAGUCCAAUUCCUGCUCUUAGUGCAAUGAGUGCCUUUACUGCCUCCAUUGGAGAUCCAGUCAACCUUUCUCAAGCUGUAAAUGCAGUGAUUCAUGGCAGGAUACCUUCUGGACAGGAAAUUGAAAGCCGUUCCAGAAACUCCAAAUCUUCUAGAAUACGUAAAAAUUCUGAACAGGGCAAAAGCACCCCAGAGGCUGGGGAAGCUUAUAGUGAGUACUUUAAAUCUCCAGAACGCAAUACACCUAGAAAACAGUGGGAGGGAGACCUAGGUUCACAUGUGGAUGGACAUCCUUGGAAAUGCGAAGAAAUUUUAGAAAGAUCAGCCCUAUUACAUAGCAGCCCUUAUGCAGAAAGGCCAAGCAACAUCUCCACAAUGCUACCAAUGCCAGCUGAACUUAAGCAACAACAGCAAACAAUCCAUCACUCAGUAUUAAUGCCAAACGAAAAUCGGUUCCUUGAAGAUAACUUCAGGUUUAACAACUGCAAAAGGACUAUAGUCAAUUUUAAAGAACGUCUCGAGAACACAGUUGAAAGUUGUACACAUAUUAAUGGUAAAAGAUCUCAGCAUGGCAGAGGUUGUGGAGACUUGUUAACUACACACAAGCAGGACCUUGCAACAGAGGAGCAGUCUCCCAGCUCAUCUACCAGCUUGGAAGGAUCUCUUGUCAAGGAUUACAUUCAUUACAAUGGAGAUUUUAGCACUGAGAGCAUCAAUGGGUGUGCCCCAAGUCCUUCAGACACUAAAAGCAUUAGCAGUGAAGAGGAUCUGAGAAACCCCGACUCUCCUUCAUCAAAUGAAAUGAUGCAUUACAGAUCAAGGACGUUUAAUGUAGGUGACCUGGUUUGGGGACAGAUUAAAGGUUUCCCUUCAUGGCCUGGUAAACUCGUGAGAGAAGAUGAGGUGGAUCAUUCUUCUGUACAAAAUACAGAGGAAGGCAAGGUCUGGGUAAUGUGGUUUGGUGUUCAUACCUUCACUCAGGUGGAGCCCGAGAAGUUGAAGACACUAAAUGAAGGUCUUGAAGCCUUCAACCAUGACAGGAAGAGGAACAGGAAAAGUGGAAAGUUAAAUAAUCAUUUAGAAGCUGCUAUACACGAGGCCAUGAGUGAGUUAGACAAAAUGUCAGGCAAUGUUCACGCAAUUCCACAGAGAGAAAGACAAGUCAAACCACCCAAACCCAAAAGAAGGAAGAUCUCCAGAUAACACUGAAUGCCUUCAUCUGCAGUCCAGUAUCUAUCAAUGGAACUGUGUAUAUAGAGAGUCUUAAACAUUAACACCACAGGGUGCUACAUUUAAACCGUGGUACAGUAUUUUUUCAGCCAGUCAGAAAGGACAGCAGAAAAUGCUGCAAAAGGGGAAAAUUUAUUCGAUCAUGCUUACAAUUUGUCUACAGCUUGCUGAAGAACUAUUUUUUUGUAGAAUACUAAAAAAAAGUCCUGCAUAAAAGGAAUAAUAAGACAGUCCAAAUAUUUCUGAUACCUUUUCAAUAUGUAUAUAGAUAAUGCAGAAUUUCAUGGUGAUAUUCAGAGAUAAUGUAAAUACUGUACUAUAUUGUCAUGUACAAGCGUACUUAAUGCACAUUUUAUCUUUUAUUGUACAAAAAGUGUACAAAUUUCUUUGGUUUUUAUUCAGUACACAGUCAAAUGACUACCAGUGUAAACAGGAAAUAAAAAAAAUCAGCCUAAAGCUUUUAUAUGAUUAUGUUUAAAAAAAAAAAAAAAAAAAAAAAGAAAAAUGCUGUUUUUGUAUUAAACAGCAGAGGAAGAGGCAUGAUUAUGUAAUCCCUUGAUUAUGGCUAACACUUUUCACCCGUAAGUGUUCAUUUUUGUAUGUCUGAAUGGGAUGAACUUUACCAAUGGCAUGUGUUUCCAGGUUGUUGUAACAAAGACCCAGUUUCUUAAAUUAAUAGAAAGAUAAUAUUCAUAUGGCUAAUAAUACAGCUAUUUGACAAAAUAUUUAAAGAAUUAUUGUCAUAUACAUAUAUUUUUGAUUCAUCACUGGACUUGUAAGAUUUGUAGUUAUUCAUGUUUAUACUUUGAAUUGCACCAAAACACAUCUUCAUACUACAUGGUGUAUACUGAGGCUGGAACAGCUGUGUAUUACAGGAUCUCAAUGCAAAUAAAGUAUUGAACCAAUAUUUUAAUCAUGAGGAUCAAGAGAUGUUUAAAGAAGGGUAGAAAGAGUGAUAUUGCAUUUUUUAAAUAAUUACUCAGAAAAACUAUCAAGAUAUCAACCACAUAAAAUUAUACUGUUGCUUUUAAUUAAUGGAAGCCUCAAUCAAAUCAAUUUUUAUGAAUCGUUUUGCAUUUUUGUCUCUGCCACAAAUAAAUGGCUUUUUUUUUUUUUACUUAAAAAGCCAUAAUGAGUUUUUUUUUAUAAAUUAUGAAAUAGUUGUUUUAUCGUGAAAUUAAAUUAUGUGACUCAUUUUUAUGUUUGGAAAUAAUGUUAAUAUUAUUUAACAAAAAAGUGGCCUAAACUGUUAAUAAUAUGUCUUUGACAAGUAAGCCGUUUUUCUUGAACACAUAAUCUAAUAUUUAUAUAUUUUACUUAAUGGCUGCAUACAAAAGCUAUUCUCAAGCUGUUCUGCAAGCUAAUUUCUUUUGAUCCCUUCUUUUUUUUUUUUAUUGUGUGUUAAAUGUUAAAAUUCAUAAUUCAUAUUACUUGCAAACAGCAGCAAAUGAUAGUCUGACUUGACUAUGUUUAAAGAAAUCCGUCAAGUCUGCUUCCUAGAUUCCUUUUCCCUCAUCAGUACUGCAAAGAAAUGACUUUUGGCAAUUUGAUUUUUGUUAUUCUUCACACUUUGCCAUGGUGCCUUCUUCAUGAAUCAACAUUAGCAUUUUUGGAAAUGCGCAGGAGAGAGUUGUGCUCACUUUAUCCAGCAUUGACACACUUGUCCCUCAUGUUGUAUGGUUACAAGUGUUAGCUCAUAUAGAAUUAAUGCGUUUGCACAAAAAUCGAAAAUGAAAUUAAUAAGUCAAAGACAUAAACAUAGAAACAGUUAAUCAAAAAUAUGGUAAUUGUACUUUUGAAUUUUUGUUAUUCUUUCCUAAUUUUUGCGUAUAUUCUCAUUUCCUUACAGGACGACCUAUGGAAAUUUUUGUUUAUGUACACCACUAAUAAAAGCUGUUUUUCCUCUGUGCCCUUAGUAAGAAAAAAUGAUUCAUAAAUACCUGAGAACUAAUGAGAUAUCGUAGAGACUUAUUUUAUAAGUAAUCUAUUGUAAACAAAAAACAUUCCAUAUGCUGUUACAUGCAGUUUUAUAAAUUGAACCUAAUUACAGAUAGCUAUCAUUCCCUUUAUGUCUGCCCUUUCAGAAGAGUACACUUUAAAACCUCUGCAUUUACAAAAUCUGUGACGAUGUUUAAAAAUAAAAGUAAAGCAAUAUUUUAUGUUUAAAAGAUUAAAGAAAAAAUGUUAAGAUAUGCUACAGAAUUUAGAUAACUGGUGUAUCUCCAUAAGCCAAAGACUUAUAUAUUUUUCCCCAGAUACGUUAUGUUUAAAAUUAAUGUGAAAGAUAUGUCUACAUAUAAAUCAGAGUGCUGAUGCACUUUUUACACUAACUUUAUUCACUCUUCUGUCCAUCUCUUAAACUGCUCAGAUGCAUUUUUUGCCUUUUAAUGGUCAAUAGGAUAUUUAUUAGACACAUUUUUACCUUUUGGUUUCUCUUGCACAGUAUGCUUACUUUAUAUUUAAGGUUUUUGAUUUGGAAACUUCCAGGUAAAUAAAAGAUUCAAGCAAGGUUCAAGUGUGGGUCCAUUUGCUAACAUUUGUUGAGUUAUAUUGAUUUUGAAGAUCUAGAGGCGCAUACUUCAGAGACAAAUGAUCUGUUAUCAUUGGUAAAGUUCAUUCAGCCCUUUGUGCAAUGACAUGGAGGCCUGUCACAAGCCCAUGUGAAAAGUUUGUGUACUAAAAAUUCUCAUUGUCUUUGUCACAUGUUGAUGUGUUUUUUAUGUUUAAAAUGUUAACGUCGUCCAUCUUUCUUGAUCUGUAUGUCUUUACAGAUGUGUUUUUACUCAUUAUGGAUGCGUGUUUAUUUUUAGUUUUAUCUUACCUUUGUGGUUCUUUUUUUUUUUUUCUUUUUUUUUUUUAAUUUUGUAAGACCACGACUUUUUAUUUUAUUUUUAAUUGUGUGUCCUUCUACAUGUAAGUAAAUGAAUUUAUGUUCUCUCACCAAUAUAUACUUUACAAUAGUAGAAUUUGUAAAGUAUUUUUGUGCACUUGAUUUCAUUGGUUGCUGAUAACAUUUAUGUGAUUGUUAGGAAUAGGCCAAGUCCAUUAAGAUUUUUUUUUUCUUUUUGUUUUGGGUGUUACAUUUGUUUGUUUUUUUUCCCUUUAGAGUUUUAUGAUUUUGUGUAAUCAAGUUUAAUGUAAAUAUUGUGAGCAUUACAGGUCAUGCAGUGAUGUAACAUUUUAAUAAUGUUGCACCUACUUUACAAUUAAAACUGGUCACUCAUACUUGAAAUUUU